UUAUCGUGGGAAUGAGCUGACGUGUACAUAAUCCCCAGCUAUCACUUGACGUCAGGUUUACUUCGUUAAGUGAAAUUCAUGGAAAGCGUACAACAGUUGCUAGCUAUUAUUGACCUGCAAAGUAUAAAGAUAAGUGAGAUAGAGAGAGUAGAAUACGGUAGGAUUAGUAAUACUAUUCGUUUGAUAAUACUGUUUCAAUAUGGGACCCAGAGAAUCUAAGCCGGAAACUUGUCAAGUUAAGACAUGCGAAACAAAGUUUUACAGAUAUGGCAUUUGGUACAAAUGUGAGAAGAGGCAUUACUUUUGCAAUCUCCACCAAAAGGAAAAGACCUGCCCAAUAGAUGCUGAUGAGCGUAGACCAUGUGAAGUUAAAUCAUGCAAUAAAACUGACUGUGACUCUGGAGUAUGGUACAAAUGUGAAAACAAACAUCAUUUGUGUACCUCACACAAAAAGAAAGACAAAUGCCCAAUAGAUGGAUGGUAUGGACGUAGAUUGUGUGUUGCAGCAGACUGUACUAAAACUGAUUGCAGUUAUGGUAUUUGGUACAAAUGUGAUGAGGAGCACUAUUACUGUAUCACUCAUCAGAAGAAAAAGAUAUGCCCUAUUGAUGAAAAGCCUCACACUACAUGUGAAGCCUGUGAUGAUAUAAACUGGAUCAGUGGUAUCUGGUUCAACUGCAAUAAAGAGCAUCACUACUGCAGUGAACACCAUUCUCAGAAACAGAAAAAAUGCCCAGUAGACCUAAGAUAUAAAAGAAAAACAUAAAAGACUUUAAACAAAAGAUUAGCUACUCAAAUUUAAAAUUAAAGCUGAUUUAUAGUUGCUGUACACACACACACACACACACAAUACACAAAGAUAUAAUACCUUAUACAUGUAAUUUUUUUCUUUUUAACAAUGUGAUGGUUGUCAUAAAACCAGUCAGUGUCUCUCA